AUGGCGACUAACACUAAAAGAACCAGUCCGGGAUUGGAUGAAUCAAGAGGUAGUGGAGGAAAUGGUCAUUUUCAAUCAUUACGUAGUUUACCAAAAUCAUGGAUUAUUGUUGCUGUUAUUUUUUAUUGUGCAUCUGUACUAACUGUUGGUUUACUAGCUGGCCUUCUUCCUCGACGAACAGAACAUAUAACUAUAAUGGCAACGCCAACACCAACACCACCAAAUAUGACAACAACAAUAACAACAACAGUAAUCACACAAGAUCCAUCUCAAUGUAUUGAGGAUGAAUGUAAUCCACGUUUAUUAAGUGAUUUAAUCGUUCAUAGUUACGAAUUAGAAUAUAUAUGCAAUGAUAUAAGACAUACAACUGCUGACGGACAAGUUACAAUUGAAUUUACAUUAAAACAACCAAUUAAACAACUUAUUUAUCAUUCAAAAGGAAUGAUACAACUUGAAGAACCUGCACUAUUUGAAGAUGGUAUUUAUCGUAUUGUUACAAUGAGACAAUAUAUGCCUAAUGAUUAUAUAAGUUUACGUCAAUCAACCGGUUCUUUGUUUGCACCUAAUCGAUAUAAAUUAGUACAAAAAUUUGUUAUUAGUUUAACUGGUACUAGUGUCGGAUUUUAUCAAAAUUUUUUUAAAGAUAAAAAUGAAACAAUGGGAAUAUUAUUAGCUACGAAAUUUCGAGCAAUUGAGGCUCGAAAAGCAUUUCCUUGUUUUGAUGAACCACAUUUAAAAGCACAAUUUAAACUUAGUAUUAUUCAUCCAAGAAAUACUAUUGCUUUAUCUAAUUUUCCAAAUACUGAAUUAACAGUUGAAGAUAAUUUACGUCAUACAAAAUUUGCCGAUACAUUUCCUAUGAGUACUUAUGUUGCUUCUUGGAGUAUUCUUCCAGAUACAUAUGGAAAGAAAUCAGAUGAUGAUGAUGAACCAAUGGUUACAGUAUGGGCUCGUCCAGAACCAACAGAGAAAAAUCAUACUGCAUUAGCACUUGAAAUAGCUUCAAAUUCUAUUCCAUUCUAUAAAGAUUAUUUUAAUACAGAUGAAGCUUUACCACCUAAACUUGAUAUAUUGGCUGUAUUUGAUAUGGCAUCCGUUGCUAUGGAAAGUUCAGGUCUUAUAUCAUUUCGUGAAGAUCGUAUAAUAUAUGAUGAAAAAAUUGCAACAACACUUCAAAAACAACAAUUUGCAGAUAUCGUAGCUCAUGAAAUUGCUCAUUCUUGGAUUGGAAAUUAUGUUACAUGUAAAUGGUGGGAUGAUAUAUGGUUUAGUGAAGUUACAGUUAGUUGGCUUUGUCGCAAAACAUUUGCAGCUAAUUAUUCUGAUUGGAAUAUGGAAUUACAAAUAUUAACUGACGAUACAAUUCCAGCUAUGUGGGAUGAUGCUAAACCAUCUUCACAUGCAAUUGUUAUUGAAAAUCUAACAAAUGUUCCUGAAAUAAUGAGUUAUCUUGAUGCAAUAACAUAUUCAAAAGGUAUAAGUUUAAUGCGUAUGUUAGAAAAAAUUGUUGGUCCAGAAAAAUAUCGUACUAAUUUACAAGAUUAUUUAUUAAUCAACGCAUUUGAUGUUGGUAAUCUUAAUAUGUUUUAUGAUGGAUUAUUAAUAAAUAUUACUAAUGGAACAGAAUUUAUGAAAACUUGGCUAAAUGAAGUUAAUUAUCCUUUAUUAAAUGUUAAUUUAAAUGUAGAAAAUGGUGAUACAAAAUUAGUAUUUACUCAAUCACGUUUUAUUAUAUCAAAUGCAUUAAAUUCAUCAAAUCUUAAUAAAAAUUAUCGAUGGAAAAUAAAUAUAGAAUGUGUAUUAGGUGGUAAUUAUCCAAAUUCAGAUACAACAAAUAUAGGUGGUGAUACAAUUAAAUUUAUUCUUGAAAAUGAACAAGAAAAUCGAGUUUUACCUGGAAAAUCUUAUUCAUGGAUUAAAUGUAAUCGAGAUUUUCAAAGUUUUUAUGUUACUGAAUAUAUAUUUCCAUCAAUUACAUGGGAACGUUUUACAUCAGUAUUAGAAGCCCAACCACUAUUCUUUUCAAAUGAAGAUAAAGUUAAUUUAAUGCAAGAUACUUUUCUACUUGCUUACAAAGGUUUAGUCGAUUAUAGUGAACCAUUAAGAAUUGUACGUUCAUUAGUACAAAUCAAUAUGACACAAUAUGUUCAUUGGAAAACAUUUCAAUGGCAUUGGGAAACUUUAGCUGAAUUAGUUGAUUAUUUACCUGAUACAUUAACUAAAUUUCAAAAUUUUUCUAUUCAACAAAUUCUUUCCAAUGAUGUGACACUUGAUAAUAUUGUAGCAUUAAAUCUUAAUGAUAAUCACAAUACAAAAUUAGUCAAAAGUUUACAAUUUGCACUUCUUUGUCGAAUGAAUCAUCGAAGUGCUAUUGAAAAAGCAAGUGCAUUAUUUAAAUCAAUUCCUAUAGAAUAUUUUAAUAAUAAUGCUGAUAUCAAUAUUCCUGCAGAUUUCUUAUCAACUGUUUAUACAUAUCAUUUAAAAAAUGAUGCCAAUGAAGCUGAUUGGAAUAGAAUGUAUAAUUAUUAUAAAAUAGCAACAUCAACACAUGAACAAACUCGUGCUUUAGUUGCAAUUAGUUCAACAAAUAAUAGAGAUCGUUUGAAUCAAUUACUUAAUGAUGGACUAGCAGGUCGUCCAAAUACAAUUAAACGUCAAGAUUAUUUUACUAUGAUGGGUUACAUGAGUCGUCAUCCAAUUGGAAGAGAAACAGUUUGGACUUUUUAUAAAGAUAAUUAUCAAAAUUUAGUUAAUACUUUCACACUUGAAAAUGGUCGAUUUGGUGCAGCUAUUCUUUCAAUUGCACGUACAUUUGGUAAAGAAUCUGAUCUUCAAGAAAUGAAUGAAUUAUUUACAAAAUAUCCAAAUGCUGGUGCUGGAGAAUCAGCACGCCAACAAGCAAUUAAUCAAGUCAAGAUGAAUAUUGAAUGGAUUAGAUCAAGAGAACAAAAUCUACGUAAUGCAUUUGAUACAAUUUCUUGA